AGGAGAGGAGAGACGUUGCGUUGUUUAGUUGCUAAGAAAAGAAUCGAGGAAAGAGGGAUUAAAACGGCAACGAUAAUGAUGAAGCUGGUGAAACUUUGUGUACGCAAUUCAUAAGCUCGUCAAUGAAAUGGAUGGCUUGAAUACCCACCCCCCCACCUUCCUCUUCUUCUUCGACCCGUCACUUCACUGUUCGCUGAGCCGCCGUUGUCGCUUCCGAUCACUGACGCCCUCCCAACGACCAUGAUCGCCCCCCUUAAACCCCACCUCGGAUCUCAGCCGCGGAUCCUCCUCCUCAUCACUCUUUCCUCACUCUCCCAUGGACGCUGCCACCUCUCGCCCCGCUGUUGUCAUCGACAACGGCACCGGGUAUACUAAAAUGGGUUUUGCUGGUAAUGUUGAACCGUGCUUCCUUGUCCCCACAGUCGUCGCCGUCAACGAUUCGUUUGUAAACCAACCUCGCGCUUCCGGGAAGGGAAGCAAUUGGCUAGCGCAGCAUAGCGCUGGUGUUAUGGCCGAUCUUGAUUUCUUUAUUGGUGAAGAGGCUUUGUCCAGAUCUCGAUCUAAUAACAUUUACACGCUUACGCAUCCAAUUAGGCACGGCCAGGUCGAUAAUUGGGAUGCGAUGGAGCGAUUUUGGCAACAGUGCAUAUUCAAUUACUUGCGGUGUGAUCCGGAGGAUCAUUAUUUUCUUUUGACCGAGAGUCCUCUUACGGCCCCCGAGAGCCGGGAGUACACGGGCGAAAUUAUGUUUGAGACUUUCAACGUGCCAGGGCUUUAUAUUGCUGUCCAGCCAGUGCUUGCUCUUGCAGCUGGGUAUACAACAUCUAAGUGUGAGAUGACAGGAGUUGUAGUGGAUGUUGGAGAUGGGGCUACGCAUGUUGUACCUGUUGCAGAUGGUUAUGUCAUUGGAAGCAGCAUCAAGUCAAUUCCAAUUGCUGGAAAAGAUGUUACUCUCUUCAUCCAGCAGCUCAUGCGGGAAAGAGGAGAGCAUGUUCCGCCUGAAGAUUCAUUUGAAGUAGCUCGAAAAGUGAAGGAAACUUAUUGCUACACCUGUUCUGAUAUUGUCAAGGAGUUCAAUAAGCAUGACAAAGAACCAGCCAAAUACAUUAAGCAAUAUAAAGGUAUUAAACCAAAGACAGGAGCACCGUACUCUUGUGAUGUUGGCUAUGAAAGAUUUCUUGGCCCUGAGGUUUUCUUUAAUCCUGAGAUCUACAACAGUGAGUUUACCACCCCUUUACCAGCUGUAAUAGACAAAUGCAUCCAGUCAGCACCAAUUGACACAAGAAGGGCAUUGUAUAAGAAUAUAGUGUUGUCUGGAGGAUCAACAAUGUUCAAAGACUUCCAUCGUAGGUUGCAACGUGACCUGAAAAAGAUUGUGGAUGCUCGUGUUCUUACAUCUGAUGCUCGGUUUGGUGGAGAAAUAAAAGCACAACCGGUGGAGGUUAAUGUAGUGAGCCAUCCCAUCCAGAGGUAUGCAGUCUGGUUUGGAGGCUCUGUCCUUGCAUCCACACCAGAAUUUUUUGCGGCGUGCCAUACAAAAGCAGAAUAUGAGGAGUAUGGGGCAAGCAUUUGCCGCACAAAUCCUGUUUUCAAGGGGAUGUAUUGAUGUGAAGACACCGUUCCGGAAGAUGUUGUAAAGGCAAUUCAUGAUCAUAAUGCUUAGGCGGAGCACCUUAACACCUUAUCACUUAAAAAUGUCGUUCCUGGAUCCUGUCUUCACUUGACAUCCAUGUAUAAUUACAAGCUUAGAUUGUGGGAGGUGUACAGUAGAUGUCGAGUGUCAAUUGUAAGAAAAAUGAGUCUCAUGUUCUUUUGUAAGGGAGCAACCAGUCUUUACACGCAAUGGGAUGCUGAUGCUUCUUCUGGCGUUCCGGCUGGUGCUUCAGAAUCUAGAUAAAGAGCCACCAUUUUGUUGGACACUAACCAAGCUGAUAAGCAGUUCUAUGUUCAGCUUGUGUUCAUCUUAGUUGAAGGCUGAUAAGAAUUUUUUGUUUUAAUCUGGGAGUCAAUAUUCCCCUAAUAGGACAUUCUCAGUUAGUAGGCUGUUCAAUUCAUUUGGAUUGGAGUGGGGAGGAAUAGAGUUGCCAUAAUGAUUAGAAGUCGGUUUUAUUUGUAUUCAAUCUGAACUUUCGAUCCAUGCUUUGUACAUUAACUUCAAUUUCACAUAUUGAUGAUUUACUGUUUGGAAAAUUCUUGUAUAGUUGUGAUGCAAUUUCCUCA